AAAGUACAACUCAACCACUUUCGCUUUGUGGAACUCGGUUUGUUUUCGUCUCGUAUCUGCGAGCCCCAUAUUUAUUCAAAAUUCUUAUUGAAAUUUGAUUUUUGUCGACAUUUUUAAGAUUUUAACUAUUUAUUUUGCUUCUUAAUAUUUAUAUUAAAAAAUGGGUGAUGUAUUUGAUCUGGAAUUACACGAAGUUGAACAGUAUGACGAUGAAUCCGAUGAUGAUGCUAUUGAAGCUAUAGAAGUAGAUGGACAGGUGAAUGUUCCUGAUGAGACACAUGUCUUACCUUCAAUAGAGUCUGAGAUUGAUGGAACAAUCAAUGAAGAUAUUGAAUAUGAUGUGGGUUCUGGAAAAACUGGACCUAAGGACUUUGAACUUCUCAAAGUUUUAGGAAAAGGUGGAUAUGGGAAAGUAUUCCAAGUGAGAAAAAUAACAGGAAAGGAUAAAGGAAAACUUUUUGCUAUGAAAGUUUUAAAAAAGGACACUAUUGCUAAAAACAAAAAGGACACAGCUCAUACAAAAGCUGAACGAAAUAUUUUGGAAACAGUCAAACAUCCUUUUAUUGUGGAUCUUUAUUAUGCAUUUCAAACUGGAAGAAAAUUGUAUUUAAUUUUGGAAUUUCUCAGUGGUGGAGAAUUAUUUAUGUAUCUUGAAAGAGAAGUCAUGUUGCUGGAAGAUACUGCUUGUUUUUAUUUAGGUGAAAUAGUCUUAGCUUUGCAGCAUUUACACAAAGAAGGUGUUAUAUAUAGAGAUUUGAAACCAGAAAAUAUUUUAUUGGAUGCUACAGGUCAUGUUAAACUGACAGAUUUUGGAUUAUGCAAAGAAUCAAUCCGUGAUGGCAGCAUCACACAUACAUUUUGUGGCACAAUUGAAUAUAUGGCACCUGAAAUAUUGACCCAGAGUGGUCAUGGUAAGGCUGUUGAUUGGUGGAGUCUGGGAGCAUUGAUGUAUGACAUGUUGACUGGUUGUCCUCCUUUUCAAGGAGAAAAUAGGAAGAAAACAAUUGAAAAGAUAUUAAAACAUAAGGUUGUGUUUCCACAUUACAUCUCUCAUGAAGCACGUGAUCUGAUGCGUAGACUUAUGAGAAGACCUGUCAAUCAAAGACUUGGAACUGGACCUGAUGAUGCCGAACCUAUCAAAAACCAUGCAUUUUUUCGACAUGUGAAUUGGGACGAUUUGCUAGCCAGAAAAGUUGAACCACCUUUCAUACCACAACUGAGUAGUGAAGAUGAUGUUUCACAGUUUGAUUCUAAAUUCACUCAACUGGCGCCAUAUGACAGCCCUGAUGAUUCAAUAGUGAGCAGCAGUAAUAAUCAGUUUCAUGGUUUUACAUAUGUGGCUCCAUGUCCUCUAGAGGAUUACAUAAGAGAGGGUGCUAUAUCACCUCCUUUGAAUCGUUGCUUCAAUUCUAGAGGUCCAUUUAGCCCAAGAAGAGCUUCUCCUCGUUACAAUUUUGACAACCCCCCAACAUCACCAAUGCAGUUUGAAGAGCAAAUACCACCUUAUGCUCCUGUAACUCAUCCUCCCAGGUCUCCAGCAAUACCUGUUCGUCAUACAGGCUUAAAGACGUGAUCUUCCAGAUCUUAGGAUUAAUUAAGUUUUUAAUAAAAUGAGAAACUGUAUGAUAAAGAAAUCAAAGAUUUCUUUCAUGUUCCUUCUAUGCCCAGUUAUAUAUUUCUUGCUGCUCCUUUUUCCUCCAGUCUGUGUCAUUUACAUGUUUUCUUGAGGAGAAAACAUGCAGCUCUGUUCAUACCUUUUGUAAACUACAGAUUCUCAAUGUACAGAAUUCAGCACCAAAAAUAUAUAUUGUGCUAAUUGUUUUAGUACUUUCCUGUAUGUGAGUGAGUAUGUCGUAUUUAAUUGCUAGACUCAUAUGGAUUUGAAUAACUACAUUUGCUAAUGUUAGAGGUCAGAAUAUAUCUUUGGAUAACAGGUUGUAAAUAAAGUAUUAUGAAAUGGCUUUGAAAGAGUCUUAGUUAAGAAACAAGAGUUUCUAAAUAGACAUGAAAUUGUGAAGAAACAGUAAUAAAAUGUAUUGUUUGAGAGUUAUCACUUUUAAAAUGAAACUAUUAAAAUUAUUGUAAGUACUUUUACAAGUAUAUUCUUAUCUCUUAGCAUUGUCUUUUUCAGUAUAGUUUCUUGGUGUGCAAUUAUAUACUUUACGCUCUGCAAUAUAAGAGAUGUAUUUUUCUUAAGGACUUGUGGUUAAACUGCAAUUUGAUAUUAGUUUCGUUUUACGAAUUUAGAUAUUUUCAUGUUGAUUAAUACUUUCCAUUGAUUAAUCUUACAUUUUUUUAAUGUUUUUUGAAUAUGUGCAACUUUGUUUUUAAUAAAUUAAAUACUUUUUAUAAAAUUUCCAAAACACUUAUGUAUAAAAUUAUUGAUCAUCAUGUAUUUUCCAUUUUUUAUUUUUGCAUUUGGGAUUUAUUUUAAGUUAAUUUUUCUUUACUUUGGAUGUUAAUAAGGUUUUGGGGUAAGCUGUGAUUUGUUCUUCUUUUAUUUCUAUAUUUAUUUGUUUUCGUUCUUCAUUAAGUUCAUUCUCCAUUCUUAUAAAAGCAUAUAUUUUGAUUUUUUUUUUUUUUUUUUAACCACAACUAUUGCCACCUCUUAUGACAAUAUAUAUGUUUACAAUUUUAAAUUAAAGACUUUCUACCUCUUGAAUCUCAAUUUUCAUUUUAAAAAAUAGAUUAAGCUAUAAAGUUCUUUUUUCCCCUUUGAUUUAUUGACAUAUUUGAAGAUUGUUUCUAUUUGCAAUGAGCUAUCCUUGACUAAAAUGGCUGUAAUUACUAAAUAGCACCAUGAAUUUUUUUAAGAUAUAUUCUUAAGUACACCAAAUGCAAUAUCUAUUCAACUGCAUAUAAAAUAUUUUUUAAUGGAAAAUAAGCAGUGUUUUAGCAUACUAAUUUCAUUUACAUUUUCUUCCUAAAAUUUAUGGCUUUAUGUAUGAAAAAUAUAAAUAUACCUAGAAAUAUUUAAAAUGAAUUAUAUAAAAAUAUUGACUUCCAUCUUGUGUAUAAAUAGAUUGCAUGAAUUCUUUGUAAAAGUAGAAAUCAGCACUCUUUAGUAAACAUUAUUUAUAAAAUGUAUCUGCAUACUUUUACAAAUGUAAAGCAGUAAUGAAAAUUGAUUAUCUUGUGCAAUUUUCCCUUAAGAAAUUUUAACUAAAAUUUUGAACUUUCAUAUUUUUUAAAAAUUAAAAUCAUUGUUUGAGUGCCAUAGGGGCAUUAAUUUUUUAUUUUAUUUUAUUACAUGGUGCUAUAAAAACAGCCUAAGUCAUGUGUAUAUAUUUUUAAUUUUCAUUUGCAACAAGUAGUUGAUAUUUGUUAAGAAUGUUGUAUUUAAACUCCUCUAUGUGUUUUUGUGUUGUUUAAGUUAUUUAUUUUUUUAGUUUAACAAGCAUUUUCAUUUUUUUUAUUAUUAUUUUUCAUUCAUUUUGUUCUUUUGAAGGAUGUGAUUGCACUAGUUUUGUAUAGCUUAUUGUUAAUUUAUUGCUGUUGAAUAUCCUGUAAUAUGUGUAUAACAAAGCUCGAAUUUUGUUAUAGAGUUUGUUAAAAUUGCAGUUUAUAAGCCAAAUGUAUUUACAUAUCUAAUCUGUAAAAGUAUUUGUUAAAUUGUUAACUUUCGCUUUGUUGAAUUUUAUUUUAAAUAUUAAUAGUAAAAUCUAAUUUUAACUAUUCUAAUGCAUUAUUAUAUUUAAAUAAAUUCAAAUGUACCAAAUAUUUUAGCAUGCAAAAAUAUUAGUUUUCAUUGUAUUUUUGACUAAUUAAUAUACAGUAUUAUUUAAGAUAUUGCAUGGUUGUAAAUAUGUAUUUAUAUUAUUGGGAUAUUUAAAAGCAAUUUGAUGAUGUGAAAAUGUCAUAUUUAUGGAAUUUGUAACAGGAUCGAUAAAAUAUGUAUGCCAUGGUAUGAUGUUUUAUUCCAUGUGGAUUUUGAAGGUUGCUUUUUUUUCUGGUUAUGAAAAAUGUUGCUGAUCUUUGCUGAUGAGUUUACUUAAAAUAAUACCAUGGUAUGCCUUAAAAUUUUUUAAACAAUGUGUAACUUGAAAUGUGAUUGUCUUACUGUGUAAAUUUGUUUGUGUGUCAAAUUAUUCUAGACGUUUUUAUCUGUUCAAGUGCAUAGUGGAGAUAUUGGGAUUUCAGGUUGAAUAAGCAGCAUUUCCUGCAUGAAUAUUGUAUUGUUCUAGAUGCCCUGUAGGGUUAAAGAAAAGGAAAAAAAAAACAUAA